UUGUAAUUGUUAUAGAAGAGAACACAAGGCUCUCUCAGUGGUUGUCUCUCUUUGGUACAGGGGAAGAAGGGUGGGAACACGGAAGAAGAAGAAUCACAUAACCAAAACCCACUGAGCACAAGAGUUUGUUGCUACCUUAUGGCGGGCAAGGGUGUUGGUUCGGUGACAAAGGCAGUAGCAGAAUAUCAGUAUCCCUGGCGUGAGAAGUUAGUGAAAUACAAGGAUGAACUUGCUAAGGGAGUAUGGGGAUACUGGAACCUGGGCGCAUGGAAGCCACUGAGUAUCAGUGCUCGACGACGUGCCAGACUGCGAAAGGAAGUGCUCCUUGCUGGGGAAGAUUGGCCCUAUGAUCCUGAAAGAAAGGAGAUGAAGACCAGGAGGAAAGGACACAAAUGUGAUAGGAUAUCUGCCGAGAAGCGGGAAAACACGGCAAAGUUGAUGGAGAAGAUGCCCCAGAUGUUGCAGGAUUACAAGAAGAGAAGGUGGCAGAAGAAGAUGAAGGAAGAAGACAAGGGAAAACUUUGAUUUGGCUCCUCCUCUAAUUUGGGAAGGAUCCCACCAUGACACGAGCGUGAAAGGAGAAUCGCUCUGUUUAGAACAUCUAUAAAAGAGAGCCUCACCUUUUGAUCUCUAAUUUUGUUUGCAAAGCUCUCUGGGAAGGGAAGCUAAGAGAUAAAAUUUUCUAAGUUGUUCCACAAAGUGCCGUUAGUUUCAUGUUAGUUUUCAAACUAACUCAAUAAGAAAAUGGUUGUUCAAGAAGUGAAAAUAAAAGCUCGUAGAUUUCACUCAGAAACUGUCAAAGAUAUAUGAAACUACCAAAGAUCAAGAAUUUUACUGAAACAAACCAUUAUUCAUAAUUGAC